AUGGCAUCUAACGAACAACAGUUUCGCGAGUCCUUACGUUCCUUUAGUUGGGCAAAUAACACAUCUACAUCCGCUACUUUAAACAUUGGCGAUAAUAAUAACAACGCUUCUCCCUUUUCAAGAUUAACAGUAAAUACAUCAAGUUUUUUUGGUAGCAUUGGUAAUAGAGUUCAAGGUUAUUUACCUUUAAAUAAUGCUGAAGUAGAAGAGCCAUGGUAUGCGUUAAGUAAGUGGCAGAGAUUUAUAGGUUUUGGUGUAUUUUUUGCUGGUGGGGCAUUUUUAUUUUUAAUAGCAUUUUUAACGUUACCAUUGUUGGCUAUAAAACCUAGAAAAUUUGCAGCAACGUAUACAAUAGGAAGUGUUAUGAUAAUAAUAAGUUUUGCAUUAUUACAUGGUCCAAUGGCGUACCUUAAACAUGUUACUUCUCGUGAACGACUCCCAUUUAGUAUUGCAUACUUUGGAUCAUUGGUUGCAACAUUGUACUUUGCAAUUGGGGUAAAUUUAAAUUAA